AUGGAUCCGAGGUUGUUAAAAGCAGCUCAGACAGGCGAUGUGGGUCUACUGAAUGACCUGAUCAGAAGCAAUCCACUCAUCCUCGAGGAGGCGGCUCUCCAAGGAGCCGGCCACACGCCGUUGCAUGUCGCCUGUGUUGCUGGCAAAUUAAAUUUUGUCCGAGAGCUCCUCAAGUUGAUGCCAAAGCUCGUAGAAAAGGUGAACCCGGAUGGUUUCAGUCCGUUGCACAUCGCGGCAGCCAAAGGUGAUGUUGAGACUGUGAGGGAGAUUUUAAAGAAGGCUGGUCGGCCUCAAAAUCUAUGCCACGUGAAGGGCAGGGAGAGAAGAAUCCCCUUGCAUUACGCUGCCGCGAGCGGGGAGGUCUGUACCUUGAAGGAAUUGCUUUCUGCUUCACCUGAGUCCAUCGAAGAGACAACUGCCCGAGAGGAGACGGCCCUCCACCUCGCAGUGAAGAACAAUCGGUUCGAUACGCUGGUUCUGUUGGUGGAGCAUCUGAAGCAGCACAAGAAGGUGCAGGCAGUUAGAUUCAUGCUUUGUGAGCAUGGUCGCGAAUACGAGGCCGUGGAGGUGAAUGCCUCGAACGAGAGUGGCUUGACCCCUCUAGAUGUCUUAACUCUCUCGCGAAAGGGAGCAGUAGAAGAUAGAGAGAUGAGAGAAAUUCUCGUUCGAGCUGGAGCUGAGCACGGCAGAGGAAGAUCAAACUCGCCCGCUUCUUCAGGCCUAGUCUCAGUGGACCAAGAUGGUAUCGAGGAAGACAACAGUUGUCGAUCGGAUGGGGAACCAGUCCCAGAUGCUGUUCAAUCGACAACAGUCCCUAAACCAUCGAGAAAUUUAGCCAAAGAAAAGGAGUCGACUGACGUGCGGAACGCUCUACUGGUAGUCGCCACGGUCAUCGCGAGCGCAACCUACCAGGCCGUGCUUCAGCCUCCAAGCUAUAAGAUAAAAUCUGAUGCUAAUUACAAAGGCAUCUUCGGGCGUUCUAACAGGGAGGCGGGGUACAUCAGCCUCAUGAGCUUCAACACAUUUGGGUUCUUGGUGUCGGUCUAG